AAGCAGCUGCAUUGGUUGGGGACCAUUUAAUGUUACAUUUUAAUAAAAUGAGGUGUUUUGCUUUAACCAUCAUUUCCCCCUUAUUUUUCUUCCAGAGCUAAAUUGAAAGAGUAGCAAAGAUCUCUAAAAAUUUAGGAACCAUCGGUAUUUGUAAUACUGGAUAAGCUCCUACAGAGAAAUCAACCCCAACAAGACUAACUGAAUAAUGGAGACAAGUUGAUGUGUGUCUUCAAAUUCUUAUCCAGAAACUGAAGUAUCCUUUGAAUUUAAGGAUUUUUGUGUGCAUUUAACAAGAAGAUGACCUUCCAGUUUAAUUUCACUAUUGAAGACCAGUUAGAAAAUGAGUUAACGACCCUUAGAGAUGGAGCUUUAACCCUGGAUUCCUCAAAAGAGUCAUCAAUAUUAGAAAGUCAAAAAGGAAAUCAGGAGGACAGAAGAUGUUCUGCAGAGCAGUGUGACUUGCUGCAGGGUCACCUGCGGGAACCUACGUCAGGAGAAAAUGCAGCUUCUGGUCAAGACUGCCCACUCCGUGCAGCUGACAGUUCCCGGAACUCAGAGCCACCCGAGAAAGAGCCGUGCUCAAAAGUUGCCAAAGAGCAUGCUGUGCCUGAAGACUUGAAGAAGGUGUUAGAAAAUAAAGUCAUUGAAGCAGUACCAGGUCUCCAGCAUGUUAACCUGUCAGCAGUGAAAACGAUCGUGCUGAAAGAGGACUUCCCAGGAGAAAACAUCAUUUCAAAAAGCUUUUCUUUUCACUCUGAUCUGAUUACGGGAGUUUAUGAAGGAGGCUUAAAAAUUUGGGAAUGCACUUUUGACCUCCUAGCUUAUCUCACAAAGGCCAAAGUAAACUUUGCUGGGAAAAAAGUGUUGGAUCUUGGUUGUGGAUCAGGGCUGCUAGGUAUAAUUGCAUUCAAAGGAGGAGCCAAAGAAAUUCAUUUUCAAGAUUAUAACAGUAUGGUGAUUGAUGAAGUAACCUUACCUAAUGUAGUGGCUAACUCCAUGUUGGAAGGUGAAGAAAAUGUCAGUGGGCCAGAUGUGAAAAGAUGCAGGAAGUCCAAAGUAACACAAGAACUAUGUAAAUGCCGAUUCUUUUCUGGGGAAUGGUCUGAAUUUUGCAAGCUUGUACUAAGUCGUGAGAAACUCUUUGUAAAAUAUGAUCUCAUUCUUACUUCAGAAACCAUUUACAAUCCAGAUUAUUACCCUGCUUUGCACCAGACAUUCCUUAGACUGUUAGGUAAAAAUGGACGGGUGAUCUUGGCUAGCAAAGCACAUUAUUUUGGUGUAGGUGGAGGUGUUCAUCUCUUUCAGAAGUUUAUAGAAGAAAGGGAUGUAUUUGUGACUAGAACACUUGAAAUAAUUGAUGAAGGACUAAAGAGGUUCCUAAUUGAGGUAACCUUUAAAAACAAUGUUUACUGAGCGUCCUCAGUGAAAUAAACAGAAUGAUCAAAAA